AUGGCGCUCCACGCCGUCUCCCCUGCGGCGGCGGCCUCCCCGCCCUGCGCCCUCUCCUCUGCCCGUCUGCCCCAGCGCCCAGGUUGUGGUUGUCUCUCAAACCGUUCAUCCCUGUUAAGUUCGUCCACAAACUUCAUGAAAUUUCAUUCUGGAGCAGUGGGUUUCUUUGGUGUGCCUUUGGUUCUUCAACACUCGGACAAGAGAGCAGUUUUGAGGCAUGCCACUAAUGAAGAAAUUGAGGAAGAAAAGAUGAUCGUUGAAGAACAAGCUAAAGAAAAGAUGGAGAAGGCCAUUGAAACAGUUCAAUCGAACUUCAAUACCGUCAGGACUGGGCGGGCAAACCCGUCUAUGCUCGACAGGAUUGAGGUUGAGUACUAUGGAACUCCUGUAAACUUGAAGACUAUUGCACAGAUAAAUACCCCAGAUGCGACUUCUCUUCUUAUCCAACCAUAUGACAAGUCUUGCCUCAAGCUCAUUGAGAAAGCUAUAGUUGCUGCAAAUAUUGGGGUAACACCAAGCAAUGAUGGAGAAGUGAUACGAGUCACUGUCCCACCAUUGACAUCUGACCGCAGAAAGGAAAUGACAAAAACCGUAGCCAAGUUAUCUGAAGAAGGCAAGGUUGCUAUCAGAAACAUAAGACGAGAUGCAAUCAAAGCCUACGAUAAGCUAGAGAAGGAAAAGAAACUUUCUGAAGAUAAUGUGAAGGAUUUAUCAGCCGAUCUACAAAAAAUCACAGACGAGUACAUGAAAAAGGUUGAAGCCAUCCAAAAGCAGAAGGAACAGGAGCUGAGCAAGGUUUAG